GAACAACUGUUGCCUUUCACUUUUAUAUCUGUGAAACUACAGUGUCCCAGUCUCUGUCUGGACAGGACAACAUCAUCUCUUUGCCCAGAUUUGAUCGUCCAUCACUUGUUUGCAAAGUUUUGCAGAGAGAAAUGAUGCCUGUCUUAGAUGCUCUAGUUUUUUGUUACAGAUACUGAAUCAUUCUCUUUUCCCCAAUGGGACUGGUCUCAGCUCUCUCGGCGUCUGUGGGAACAAGACCUGGGCUGCGUAAUGGAAAGCAUCCAAUGAAAUCUGUCCUCUCCGGACGCUCCAGGAGCCGCAUUGGCUUGCGAACGCACCAUUUUCGAUCUGAGGGUUUCAGGCACAGCCCACGACACGCAAGAAGGAGCAUACAUGCUCGAGUGACAGAGGACAAACACAAAGUGGUCGAGCUUCCUGAAAGUGAACCAGAUACACCCUCCAAUCUAAGGAAACGCAAAGUGAAGAAGAGAGUCCUGCCAGAGUUUUACCAGUCUGUACAAGUCACGCCCACACGCAAACCCCAGAGCUCCAGCUCGGGGAAUCCUUCCCUGCACUGCUCCAUGUCUUCAUCGGCGGAUUUCUCAGACGACGAUGAUUACAGCAUCAAAUCCGGCUCGGCAUCACCGGCUCCCGGGGACACUUUACCAUGGAACCUGCCCAGACACGAGCGAUCCAAGAGGAAGAUCCAGGGAGGAUCUGUGCUGGACCCGGCGGAGAGGGCAGUGCUCCGGAUCGCAGAUGAAAGAGACAGAGUGCAGAAGAAGACAUUUACAAAAUGGAUUAACCAACAUCUGCUGAAGGUACGGAAGCAUAUAAACGACCUGUAUGAAGAUUUGCGAGAUGGACAUAACCUGAUCUCACUGCUGGAGGUUUUGUCUGGAGACAAAUUGCCAAGGGAGCGUGAUUUUCUGAAGACAUUGCGGUUGGUGAGUGGGACAGACGCAUGUGCAGUUGAGCAGCAUGGCGACACGGUGGAUGAUGAUAAGGGGCCUCGGGAAAGGGGGAGGAUGCGCUUCCACAGACUCCAGAAUGUACAAAUAGCACUGGAUUAUUUAAAGAGGCGGCAGGUCAAACUUGUAAAUAUCAGGAACGAUGACAUCACAGAUGGGAACCCAAAACUGACCCUGGGACUGAUCUGGACCAUAAUUCUGCACUUUCAGAUCUCGGAGAUCCAUGUGACUGGAGAGUCCGAGGACAUGACGGCCAAGGAGAGGCUGCUGCUCUGGUCCAAGCAGAUGACAGACGGCUACGUAGGUGUACGAUGUGACAACUUCACGACCUCGUGGAGAGACGGGAGGCUGUUUAACGCUAUCAUUCAUAAAUACAGGCCAGACCUGAUUGACAUGAGUCGCGUAUCGACACAAACCAACCGCUCAAAUUUAGAGAAUGCAUUUUGUGUCGCGGAACAACUGGGAGUGGCCAGAUUGCUGGACCCUGAGGACGUAGAUGUUCAGGCUCCCGAUGAAAAGUCGGUUAUCACGUAUGUCUCAACACUGUACGACGCCUUCCCCAAAGUACCUGACGGCGUCGAUGGAAUCAGUCCUAAUGAUGUGGAUAUCAAAUGGGUGGAGUACCAGAACAUGAUCAAAUACCUCAGCCAGUGGAUCAAACACAACGUGGCCAUGAUGUCAGAUAGAUCAUUCCCCAACAAUCCUGUGGAACUCAAGGCACUUUAUACACAGUAUCUGCAGUUUAAAGAAAAUGAAAUCCCACUGAAAGAGAACGAGAAGACAAAGAUCAAAAAUCUCUACAAAAUGCUUGAGGUGUGGAUCGAGUUUGGACGUAUUCACUUACCCCCGGGUCAUCAUCCCAAUGAUGUGGAGAAGGAAUGGGGUAAACUGAUUGUUGCCAUGCUCGAAAGGGAGAAGUGCCUGAGGCCUGAGGUGGAAAGGCUUGAGAUGUUGCAGCAAAUCGCCAACAGGGUCCAGCGAGACUGCGUUAAUGGAGACGACAAGCUGACAUUGGCACGGAUAGCCCUACAGUCUGAUGCAAAACGUCUUGAGUCUGGAAUUCAGUUCCUACACGAGGCUGAGAUCGCUGGUUACUUGUUAGAGUGUGAAAACAUCCUCAGACAACAGGUGAUGGACAUCCAACUUCUCCUGGAUGGAAAAUUCCCCUUUGCAGAUCAACUAGUCCAAAGGGUUUCAAAACUUCGGGAUGACCUGCUAAGUCUGCGAGCUGAGUGUUCCUCUGUGUACAGCAAAGGCCGAACACUGACAACAGAGCAAACCAAAAUUAUGAUCUCAGGCAUUACACAAAGCCUGAACUCUGGCUUCUCCCAGAACUUUGGCACAAACCUGACACCGGCCCUCACUCCCGCAAUCACCCCAGGAGGUCUGAGUACUCCUGGGUCCACAUUCACCUCCAGCCUUACACCAUCCUUGACCCCUGCCUUGACCCCUGGCCUGCAGCCGUCUUCAGUCCAGAGCUACAUGGGUAGUGGGGGUGUCAUGGACCCUGGCAGCCUCAGGCAGUUGAAACACAUGCAGAUCCGCAAGCCCUUACAGAAAUCCUCACUGGCAGACUCCAACAUGACAGAAGAGGAGGUCAACAUGAAAUAUGUUCAGGACCUCCUGGUCUGGGUGGAAGAGAUGCAAGUGCAGCUGGACCGUUCUGAGUGGGGAUCUGAUUUACCAAGUGUGGAAACACAUUUAGAGACUCACAAAAGUGUCCAACGAGCCAUUGAAGAAUUUCAAAUUAGUCUUAAAGAUGCCAGACUGAGUGAAAUUCAGAUGACUAUUCCUCUGAAACUGACGUAUUCAGACAAACUGAACAAACUAGAAAAACAGUAUGAAAGACUAUUGAGCUGUUCAAGAGAGCGACAAAGCAACCUGGAGAGCCUGUACGACUUUGUGUCACAUGCCACUCAGGAGCUCAUCUGGCUGAAUGAGAAGGAGGAAGAAGAGGUCGCCUUUGAUUGGAGUGAUCGCAACAGCAACGUCUCCAAGAAAAGAGACUACCAUGCUGAGCUGAUGAUGGAGCUGGAGGAGAAGGAGGAAGUGAUCAAGUCGGUGCAGGAUAAGGCAGAACGCCUCAUGUUCAAGAACCACCCGGCCAAGAUAACUAUAGAAGCAUACAGAGCUGCCAUGCAGACACAGUGGAGCUGGAUUUUACAACUGUGCUCAUGUGUAGAACAGCAUCUGAAGGAGAAUGCUGUUUAUUUUGAGUUUUUUAGCGACGCCAAAGAGUCCAUGGACUACCUUAGGAACCUGCAGGAGUCCAUUCAAAGGAAAUACAGCUGUGAUCGAUCAAGCAGCCUACACAGACUGGAGGACCUAAUUCAGGAGUCCAUGGAUGAGAAAGAGCAGCUCCUUCAGUACCGCAGCACUGUAGCUGGUUUAGUGGGCAGGGCUAAAAAUAUUGUGCAGCUCAGACCCAGGAACCCCGAAAGCCCCGUGAGAUCCUCCCUCCCCGUAAAAGCCAUCUGUGAUUAUCGUCAAAUCGAGAUCACCAUUUACAAAGAUGAUGAGUGCAUAUUGGCCAAUAACUCUCACCGAGCCAAGUGGAAAGUCAUCAACCCUGCAGGGAAUGAGGCCAUGGUGCCGUCUGUGUGUUUCACUGUGCCGCCCCCCAACAAAGAGGCUAUUGAGAAGGCAACAAGAACGGAGCAGUUAUACCAGGAUGUCCUGGCCCUGUGGCACCACUCACACAUCAACAUGAAGAGUGUGGUCUCUUGGCAUUAUCUAAUGGCUGACAUACGAGCCAUCCGCAACUGGAAUGUGGCCUCAAUAAAGACCAUGUUACCUGGUGAGCAUCAGCAGGUCUUGAGCAACCUGCAGUCCCACUUCGACGAAUUCCUGGAUGACAGCAAGGAGUCUGAGGUGUUCACGUUGGCGGACCGCACCCAGCUGGAGAGAGACGUCGCGGCCUGCAAGGAAUACUACCAGGAACUGCUGAGAUCUGCAGAGAGAGAGGAACAUGAGGAAUUGGUGUACAAUAAUUACAUCUCCGAAAUACGCAACUUCCGCAUGCAUCUGGAGGCCCACGAAGAACAUCUGAUCAGGCAAAUCCGCACACCGCUGGAGAGGGACGACCUGGAGCAGAGUCUCCAGCGCAUCACAGAGCACGGGAGGAAGACCGCAGAGCUGAACAAACUGAAGGAGGAUCUUGAUGUCAUGAAGGAGAAGUGUGAGCUGUUCCUCAGACAAGCCGCAGUUUCCCCGUCUGUACCGACGCUUUCCUCUGAACUCACGGUCCUUAUUCAGAGCAUGAGCCAAGUGUACUCCAUGUCAUCCAUUUAUAUGGACAAACUGAAAACCGUGAGCUUAGUGGUGAAGCACAGCCAGAGUGCAGAGGCGCUGGUCAAGUUUUAUGAAUCCAAACUGUAUGUGGAAGACGCCAUGAACUCGGAUGUCAAAUCCAUUGAGACUGUCAUUUCAACUCUUAAGCAAUGGCGGACAGAGAUUGACGAGAAACAAGAGGUGUUCCAUGACAUGGAGGAUGAGCUCAAGAGGGCUCGACUAAUCAGUGACCGCAUGUUCAAGGCCCACAAUGAGCGCGACUUUGACCUCGACUGGCACAAGGAAAAAGCUGAUCAGCUGAGCGAACGGUGGCAGAACAUUCACUCCCAGAUUGACAGCAGGCUUCGGGACCUGGACGGUAUCAACAAGUCUCUGAAGAACUAUAGAGACACUUACAGUUGUCUUGAUGAAUGGGUUAGAGAAAUGGAAGCAGCACAGCUAAAGGCCCAAGAAAACAAACCUGAAGACAGCAAGGCACUGGCUGAGCUGUUAAACAAACAGAAGGUCCUUGUUGCUGAAAUUGAACAAAAACAGAGCAGAAUUGAUGAAUGUCAGAAAUACUCAGAGCAGUACUCUUCUGCCAUUAAGGAUUAUGAACUUCAGCUGAUGACCUUCAGUGCAAUGGUUGACUCCCAACACAAAUCUCCACUGAAGAAACGGAGGAUGCAGAGCUCUUCUGAUGCCAUUCAGCAGGAGUUCAUGGAUCUCCGAACCCGCUACACUGCUCUUGUCACUCUAAUGACUCAGUAUGUGAAGUUUGCCAGCGAAACACUGAAGAGGACUGAAGACGAAGAGAGAUCUGUUGAUGAGGAGAAGAGAGAGCACGGUGAUAAAGUUAGCAAACUAUUGCACUGGACGAAACAGACCCUGAACACUGAUGGUAAUGCUGUGAAAGAUAGCAAUGCCAACACAGAUGCGUCUAAUAAACCCCAGGUGUCAGUUGAGGAAAUGGUCACUAAGAAGGAACAAAUAGCAGAAGCCCUGAGGGCCACACAAAUGAUGCUUAACAAACACAGUGACAGAAUGACAGAGGAGGAAAGAGAGAAGGCCCAGGAGCAGCUGAAGUCACUCAACCAGGCGUUCAGUGAACUCUCCCAACAGUGUUUGGAUCAGACAACCUCUGCAGAAGAGUCUUUAUUGGAGAAGCACAAGGAGUUCACAGAGAAAUUAGAGGAAAUGUGUGAUAAUCUCACCUUGACUGAAAACCGCCUGAUUGGUCAUCAGCAACAGACUGAAAGCGCUGAGAGCGUCACAGAUCUGCAGCAGUACCAGCAUGAGCAUCAGGCUCUACAAAAAGACGUACUGACAAAUGCCAGUGCCUUGAAUGAGGUCAUCGCCAGUACUAAAAAUUUUCUGGAAGAAAACCGGAACAAGUUGAUGCCAGAUCAAAUCGCCAUCAUUGAAAGCAAGUUGGAAGAGGCUAAAAGCAAAGCCAAGCUCAUCAACCAGCGGGCUGAGGAGUCCAGAAAAGAUCUGGAGAAGGUUGUUACCACAGCCAUAAAACAGGAGAGUGAAAAGGCAGCAGCUGUUGAGCGACUUGAAGAAAGUAAGAACAAAAUCGAAGGUCUUCUCGACUGGAUAUCUAACAUUGGCAGUGAAAAAGAGAGCGGCUUGGAUCAAAGUGACCCUUUAAGCAACGAGAAUGGAAACCUGCCAGAGCAAACCUCCACUAAGGGACUGAUAGGAGAGAAUGAUGAUGCCAACGGAAAUGCUUUGGAGACCACUGAAAAUGAUUCUGGCAGAGAGACCCGAGGCAGUAAGGACGCCUCCAUGGACCUCAAUAAGCAGUACGACAGGGUCAAGGCUCAUCAUCAGGAGAUUCUGUCCCAGCAACAGGAUCUAAUCAUGGCCACCCAGUCCGCUCAGGCUCUGCUAGAGAGGCAAGCCAACGUUCUGUCCCCAGAGGAGAAGGACAAACUGCAGAAGAACAUCCAGGAACUGAAGGGACGCUACGAGGCCUCGCUGACACAGGCUGAGCAGCAGAUGAAGCAUGUGCAGUGUGUGCAGGAGGAGCUGAAGAAGUUCCAGGAUGACUGUGAGGAGUUUGAGGGCUGGUUGAACCAGUCCGAGGGAGAGAUUCAGGGACUGGGUGCUCCUGCAGCCUCCCUCAAUAUCCUCAGUGACAAACUGCAGCGACAGAAGAGCUUUUCAGAAGACGUGAUUUCCCACAAAGGGGACCUUCGCUUCAUCACCAUUUCAGGACAGAAAGUACUGGACGUGGCUAAAGCCUGUGGAAUGGGUGACCCUGCAGCUAAAAACCCACUGUUGGACGUGGACACUUCAGGAACAUGUUCCACUGUCAAGGAUAAACUGGACUCAGCAGCAAGUCGAUACAAAGCACUUCAUUCACAGUGCAAUCAACUUGGCAACAACCUCAAAGACGUGGUUGACAAGUACAAGAAAUACGACGACUCCAGCGCUGGUCUUUUGAAGUGGCUUAACAUUUCAGAGGAGGAGGCGAGGAAGCAGCAAUCAGAUGCCAUAGCAGCCGAACCUCAAACACUACAGAAACAGCUAGAAGAGACCAAGGCCCUGCAAGGACAAAUGACAGGACAUCAGACUUCUGUUGACACACUACGCAAAAUAGCGGAGUCUUUGAUAACAUCGGAGGGAGAUCUGCUGAGCAACCCGGAGGAAAUCCAGGAGACAGUAGAUGACAUAACGGAGCGCUACGACAACCUGUCUAAGUCUGUCAGUGAUCGAAAUGAGAAACUGCAGAUCACUCUGACUCGCUCCAUGAGUGUCCAGGACGGUUUGGAUGAAAUGAUGGCAUGGAUGGAGGGAGUGGAGGCCAGUGUAAAAGAGAAGGAACAAAUUCCCCUGGACUCUGCAUCUAUCGGAGAUAUCCUCAGCAAAGAAGCAGCAUUAGAGCAGGACAUAGCAAGUCGGCAGAGCAGCAUCACAGCCAUGAAAGCCAAGUUGAAGAAGUUUGUGGAGACCGCAGACCCGUCCGCCGCCGUGCUUCUGCAGUCAAAAAUGGAUGCUCUCUCUCAGCGCUUCUCCGAUGCUUGUUCCACACACAAGCAAAAAGUUUCCCAACUGGAGCAGCUGAAAGAAAAAGUGGGACAGUUUGAGACGGUUGCAGAUAAAGUUCAGGAGUUUGUUGUCAAGCGUUUACAAGAUCUCCAUGAGACGGACGGUCCAGGAAAAACUUUCAAUGAGCUGUCUCAACUAAUGCAGAGUACUAAAGCUGAGAUGGCUGAACAUGCCAGUGAUUUGGUGAAGCUGCAGACGCUCUCCAAAGAACUGACUGAAAUAAGUCCUGAUGGUAACAAAGCCCAGAUCCAGAGCAAGAUGGACAACAUCUCAAACAUUUUCACCACCUUUAAAGACACUGUCCAAGAAAAAGAGCAAGAGGUAUCAUCCUGCCAGGACCAGUUGGGAGAGUUCAGAUCUGCAGCCAGUGUGCUCACCAAGUGGCUAGAGGAAACAAAUGAGAAAGUACCUGCUGUUCAGCCAAGCGGCAACGAGAAAAGUCUGGAGAAGGAGCUGCAGAAAGUCACUGAACUUUUAGAUGAAUGGACAUCCAAAGACCCUGAUGUCCAAGACCUGAACAGUAAAGGAUCAGCUCUGUGUAGCCUCAUCACUUCCCUCACUUCUCCUGCCAAAACAAAGACGACCAACAAGUCAGCUAUUACUAACGGUGGUUGUCCGGUGAGCCAUUCCUACCUAACUAAUAAAGAGCUGAUGGGAAUUCAGCAGAACAUGUCAUUCGUCAACGAGGGAUACGCAAGCCUAGGGGAAGUGCUAAAGAGUCGAGCGACAGAGCUGAGUAGCUCGGUGCACGAUGUAAAAGAAGCCCACAAGGACACGGAGGACAUGAUGACAUGGCUGAAGGACAUGAAGACGACUGCAGCAUCGUGGAACAAUGCAGCCACAGAGAGAGAUUCAGUGAAGACACAGCUUGAGCAGCAGAAGGCAUUUGAAGGCGACAUGAAACAGAGGCAGGAGCAGCUCCAGAAGCUCAGAGAGAAGCUCCUCAACUUGAUUAAGACUCAUCCAAACUCCCCGGAGGCAGCAAAGUGGAAGCAGAUGUUGGAAGAAAUAGAUGCUGCUUGGACAGAUAUCAGCGGCUCUGUAGAGCAGAGGAAGCAGCACCUGGAGCAGUCCAACAAGAAUUUGGACAUCUUCCAAACAGCUGAGCUGCAGCUCAGUCAGUGGCUCUCAGAGAAGGAGCUGAUGAUGAGUGUCCUUGGGCCCCUUUCUAUUGACCUGAACAUGCUUAAGAUGCAGAAGCAGCAAGUUCAGAUUCUCCAGAAUGAAUUUAAGAGCCGUAAACCUCAAUAUGAGCAACUUGAGGAAGCAGCCUCUGCCAUCCUGAGUACCUCGGGCAACCAGGACCCUUCAAAUGGAAAACAGGUGAGGGAGCAGCUUGUUGUCAUCACCCAAAAGUGGCAAGGCCUCACAGAGCAGCUGGACCAGAGAGACAACCUCAUCGACCAGGCUGUGGUGAAGACUGGACAGUUUCAGGAGUUACUGAGGACUCUGAGUCACUCUGCCGCUCAGCUGGAGAAUCAGCUCACCAACCAUCAGGGCCACAGCACCCAGCCUGAUGCUGUGAAGAAGCAGCUGGAGGACGUCCACAACAUCUCUGCUCAGCUGAGAGAGGAAAGGAAAAAUCUGAAGGAGGCUGAGGCCAUCAACGCAGAGCUCACAGCGAUGGUGACAGAGGAUUAUCUAAAAGCAGACUUGGCCAGGCAGCUGGAGAGCAUCAGCAAGCCUUUCAAACAGCUGGAGGAGAAAGCAGCAAAACGGAUCGAGCAGCUGAACUCAACCUUUGCCAGCUCUCAGCAGUUCCAUCAGACCUCCAAAGACUUCCAGUCAUGGCUAGGUGAGAAGCUCCAGGACCAGUCUAAGCCCCAGGCCAUCUCUGCCAAAGUGGACGUUCUGCAACAAUCCCUGGAUGAGCACAGUAAACUCCAGAGGGCACUCAGUGAACAUGAAGAGAUUUAUAACACAAUUGUUGGGGAAGGGGACAUGCUUCUGCAAAAUACCGAUGGUGCAGAGAAGUUGGCACUUCAAGGGCAGCUUACCACCCUCCUUUCUAACUGGGAGGAGGUAAAAAGAAGCUCUGCUGAACAGGGUGAUAAACUGCAAACUGCUCUACAGAAAUCUCUGAAGUAUCAGGAGCAUGCAGAGAAUCUGAGCUCAUGGAUUCAGGAGUGUGAAGCGAGUAAGGGCAGAGUCAAACUCACCACUGACCCCGUGGCUGCCGAGAGCUCCAUUUCUCAAGUUAAAGCUCUGCAGAAGGAUGUUGACAAGCACAGGAGGAUGGUGGAGCAACUUGACACGGCUGCAGAAAGCCUUCUGGAGGUGGCUACUGUAGACACACAACCUAUAAAAGAGGAAAAGGCUACUCUUGGCAAAAGAGUGGACAGCUUAGUUGAGGAUCUCCAGAGCAAGAGGGAGUCUCUGGAGAAGAUUUCACACACAGUUAAAGAAUUUAAUGAUGCCUACAGAGAGGCGAAGGGCCAGCUCGAGGGAGCUAAGAAGCACAUGGAUUCCUAUGAAUCACAGGGAGUUCAGGGUCACAGCAACAAGAACUUGACCAACAUGAAAGCUCAACAAAAAAGUUUAGAGGGAGUGCAGAACCAAGUAGAGCACAUGAAGAGCUUGGCCAAGGACCUUGUAGUAAAUAUCCCAGACGCUGAUGGUGUGACCGAUCUCUUACUCCAGGCUGACAGUAUCGAAAAAGACUACAGUAGCUUAAAUGAGAAACUAGAUGAGACGUGCCAAGUGUUGGAGGGUAAACUGCAGGGUAUUGGACAGUUCCAAAUCAGCAUCCGUGAGAUGUUCACCCAGUUCACAGACCUCGACGAUGAGCUGGACAGCAUGGCUCCUGUGGAUCUUGACCUGGCCACUCUGAAAGAGCAGCAGGUCGCCAUCCAAAGCUUUGUGUCCAAGCUGCAGGAGCUGAUGGCCAACACAGCCAAGGCCGGAGACAGCUGCAAAAAGAUGCUUGAAACUGAAACCUCGCCUGACCUGUUAGGCCUGAAGAGAGAUCUGGAUGCUCUGAGUAAGCAGUGUGGGAAACUGCUAGACAGAGGCAAAGGCAGAGAGAUGCAGGUGCAAAGUACACUCACCAAACUAGAGGAGCUGUACGACAAACUCCACCAAAUGGAAAAUAAACUUUGCAUGGCGGUGGAGAAGGAGGCAACCCAGGAGGCAGUUGGCAUGGAGACAGACGUCAUCAACCACCAGCUGGAAGCCUUUAAGGCAUUCCAGAAAGAGCACAUUGAUGCUUUGCAGACACAGCUUCAAGACAUCAACUCCCUCAGUCAGGGCCUGAUCCAAAACGCUGCCAAAGGCACCAGCACCAAGAAGCUUGAGGAUGACCUGGAGGGCGUCAACACAAAGUGGAAUACGCUUAAUAAAAAGAUUGCUGAACGUUCAGCCCAACUGCACGAAGCCCUGUUGCAUUGUGGGAGGUUCCAGGAUGCUCUGGAGUCCUUGCUCAGCUGGUUGACCGAUACAGAAGAGCUCGUGGCCAAUCAAAAACCUCCUUCUGCAGAGUUCAAAGUGGUGAAGGCACAGAUACAAGAGCAGAAACUCUUACAGAGACUGUUGGAUGACCGAAAGCCGACAGUGGAGCUCAUAAAAAAAGAGGGAGGGAAGGUCGCGGAGCUGGCAGACUCUGUGGAUAAGGAGAAGGUUGCUAAAGAGAUCGAAUGCCUUGGGCAGAGGUGGGACGCUCUUCUCAAGAAAGCUGAAAACAGGCAAAAGCAACUAGAGAGCAUCCUGGUGGUCACCCAGCAGUUCCAUGAGACACUUGAGCCCCUGAGCGAGUGGCUCGCUGUCACAGAGAAGCACUUGGCAAAUUCUGAGCCGAUCGGCACGGAGACAUCAAAGCUGAAAGAUCAGAUCUCUCAGCACAAGGCCUUAGAGGAGGAGAUUAUGAAUCACAGUAAAGACCUGUUGCAGGCCGUCAGUGUGGGUCAGAUGCUCAAAUCUGUGAGCUCAGUGGAUGAUAAGGAGUUUGUUCAGUCUAAACUGGAUGCCACCCAGGCCGGUUACAUAGAGCUCCAGGAGCGAUGCAGAAGGAAAGCUGAGAUGCUGCAGCAGGCUCUGGCAAACGCCCAGCUGUUUGGAGAAGAUGAAGUGGCUCUAAUGAACUGGCUCCACGAGGUGCACACCAGACUGGGUGAAGUGUCCGUGGAGGACUACAAAGCAGAGGUUCUUGAAAAGCAGCUGGCAGAACAACGGGAACUUCAAAGUGAUAUUGUAUUGAGGAAGAAGAAUGUUGACCAAGCCAUCUCCAAUGGGAUGGAGCUACUGAAGCAAACAACAGGCGACGAGGUGGUUGUUAUCCAAGGUAAACUGGAUGGUAUAAAAAGCAAAUAUGCCGAGAUCAGCUCCAUGAGUGACAGCGUUUUGAAGACACUGGAACAUGUUUCGAGUCUCUCAUCUAAGCUACAACACACUCAUGAGGACCUGAACUCCUGGCUGGAGAAAGUGGAGGCUGAGAUCAGUGCUUUUGCUGCUCAGGAGCCAGUGGGAGAGCAGCUCGUCCAUGCACAAGACAGACAAAAUGCCUUGCUAAAGGAAACCAAAGACCACAAAUCUAGGGUGGACAAGCUGAAUGAGCUGAGCGGCUCCCUCCUGGAUCUGAUCCCCUGGCACACUCGUGAGGGUCUGGACAAGCUGGUAACUGAGGAUAACGAGCGAUACAGAGCCGUGUGUGACACCAUCACCCAGCAGGUUGACCAGAUCAAUGCUGACAUUCUCAAGUCACAGCAGUUUGAACAGGCAGCAGAUACUGAACUCUCCUGGCUCUCUGAAGCUGAGAGAAAGCUGCUGUCAAUGGGUGAGAUCAGACUGGAGCAAGAUCAAAACUCAGCUCAGCUCCAAGCACAGAAGAUUUUCUCCAUGGACAUUAUGAGGCACAAAGAUGCUGUGGAUGAGAUCGUGAAAACAGGAAAGGCCAUCAUGAGCAGCAAAAAACCAGAGGAGAAAGACAUUUUGGAGGCCAAGACCGAGUCUCUUUUGGAGAAGUACAGUGUCGUGAGUCAGCUGAACUCGGAGCGUUGUCUCCAGCUGGAGCGAACCCAGUCACUGGCCAGUCAGUUCUGGGAGACCUAUGAGGAGAUGUGGCCAUGGCUUCAGGAAACCAUGACCACCUUCAGCCAGCUGCCUCCUCCUGCCAUCGAGUAUGACACACUCAGGCAGCAGCAGGAGGAACUCAGGCAAAUGAGGGAGCUGAUUGCUGAGCACAAGCCCCACAUUGACAAGAUGAAUAAGACCGGGCCUCAGCUGCUUGAACUGAGCCCAGUGGAGGGAGUGCCCAUCAGAGAGAAGUACACAGCUUCUGACCAACUUUACACCAACCUGAAGGCCGACGUCAAGCAGAGAGCGGCCACACUAGACGAAGCCAUCUCCAAAUCCACUCAGUUCCAUGAUAAAAUUGACCCCAUGCUGGAGUCACUGGAACGCAUCGCUGAACGCCUGCGCCAGCCUCCGUCCAUCUCAGUGGAGGUGGACAAGAUUAAGGAGCAGAUUAGUGAAAACAAGGCCGUCUACAUGGAUUUGGAGAAACUGCAGCCUUCUUAUGAAACACUGCGACAGCGAGGCGGGGAGAUGAUUGCGCGGUCAGAAGGGGCAGACAAGGACAUGUCUGCCAAAGCCGUACAAGACAAAAUGGACCAGAUGGUGUUCCUGUGGAACGACAUCCACACCUUGCUGGAGGAGCGCGAGUCGAAGCUGCUGGAUGUGAUGGACUUGGCAGACAAGUUCUGGUGCGACCACAGUGCUCUCAUCAUUACCAUCAAAGACAGCGAGGACCUGCUGAGGGAGCUGGAGGAGCCCGGAGUCGAUCCUUCGGUCGUCAAACAGCAGCAGGAGUUUGUGGAGGGAUUUAAGGAGGAGAUUGACGGGCUGCAGGAAGAGCUUGAUGUGGUUCAAAACCAAGGGGCGGAGCUUAUGACUGCCUGUGGAGAGCCUGAUAAACCUGUGAUAAAGAAAAGUCUUGAUGAGGUGAAUUCAGCAUGGGAACAUCUCAAUAAGACCUGGAAGGAGAGAGGAGAGCAGCUGGAAGAAGCCAUGCAGGCUGCUGUGCAGUUUCAAGAUGGCCUGCAGGGAAUGUUUGACUGGGUGGAUAUUAUGGAGAGCAAACUGGAUUCAAUGUCACCUGUAGGCACAGACCUGGAAACGGUGAAGCAGCAGAUUGUAGAACUCAAGGCGUACAAAGGAGAGGCGUACCAGCUGCAAAUUGAGAUGGAACGCCUCAACCACCAGGCAGGUCUCCUGCUGAAGAAGGUGACGGAGGAGGCCGAUCGUUGCGCCAUCCAGGAGCCGAUGUCUGAGCUCAAGAUGCUCUGGGACAACCUGGACGAGAAGAUCAUCAGUCGACAGCACAAACUGGAGGGAGGCCUUCUGGCUCUGGGCCAGUUCCAGCAUGCACUGGACGAGCUGCUGGCGUGGAUGAGCCACACUGAGGAGCUGCUCAAUGAACAGAGGAAGGCUGGAGGAGACCCCAAAGCUAUCGAAAUAGAGCUCGCCAAACACCAUGUUCUUCAGAUUGAUGUGUUGGCUCAUAAAACGACAGUAGAGACCGUGAACAAAGCUGGUAAUGAUCUGGUGGAGUCCAGCGCCGGUGAGGAAGCCUCUAGUCUGCAGACUAAACUGGAGAACCUGAAUCAGCAGUGGAAAGCCAUCCAGGAGAAGACAGAGCAGAGGAAGCAGCAGCUGGAGAGUGCUCUGCUUCAGGCCCAAGGUUUCCAUGGUGAGAUAGAAGAUAUGCAGCAAUGGCUGAAAGACACAGAACGUCAGCUGUUGGCAUCAAAGGCUGUGGGAGGCUUACCAGACACGGCCCGGGAGCAGCUUAACGUCCAUCUGGAGUUGUGUUCUGCCUUGGAGGUGAAGGAGGAGCUGUAUCAGGAGCUGUUGAACAAAGGUCACCAGCUGCUCAUGAUGACGCCCGAGGGUCCCGACAGCAACAUGGAGCAGGACCUCGCGAACCUGAAGGAGAAAUGGGAAGCGGUGCAGGGGAAGGUCACUGACAGAAAGGUGAAACUGGAAGAAGCGUUGACGGUGGCCACAGAUUUCCACAACUCUCUGCAGGACUUUAUCAACUGGCUCACCCAAGCCGAGCAGACGCUCAACAUGGUUUCGCCCGCUUCUCUCAUUCUGGAGACCAUCAUGUUUCAGAUUGAUGAGCAUAAGAUAUUUGUGACUGAGGUGAACUCCCACAGAGACCACAUCAUCGAGCUGGACAAGACAGGCACACAUUUGAAGUACUUCAGCCAGAAGCAGGAUGUCGUGCUGAUCAAGAACUUGCUGCUCAGCGUGCAAGGCCGCUGGGAGAAGCUGGUGCAGCGGUCUGUUGAGCGAGGUCGACUGCUGGACGACAGCAGGAAGAGAGCCAAACAGUUCCAUGAAACUUGGAAUAAACUGAUGGAGUGGUUGGAUGAAUCUGAGAAGACUCUGGACUCAGAAGUGGAAAUUGCUAAUGAGCCAGACAAGAUCAAGAUGCAGCUGACGCAGCACAAGGACUUCCAGAAAUCCCUGGGGAGCAAACACUCUGUGUACGACACCACCUCUCGAACAGGACGGGCCCUGAAAGACAAGACAUCUCUUCAGGAUGAUAAUCAGAAGCUGGAUGACAUGCUGAGUGAACUGAGGGAUAAAUGGGACACAGUCUGUGGCAAAUCAAUCGAAAGACAAAACAAGCUGGAGGAGGCCUUGUUGUUCUCGGGCCAGUUUACUGUUGCUCUUCAGGCUCUCAUCGACUGGCUGUACAGAGUGGAACCUCAGCUGGCUGAGGACCAGCCCGUACAUGGAGACAUAGACCUGGUUCUCAACCUGAUAGACAACCACAAGGUUUUCCAGAAGGAGAUGGGAAAGAGGACGGUAAGCGUUCAGGCCCUCAAACGUUCAGCAAGAGAGUUGAUUGAGAGCAGUCACAAUGACUCGUCCUGGGUCAAAGUGCAGAUGCAGGAGCUGAGCACUCGCUGGGAGACAGUGUGCAACCUCUCAGUGUCCAAACAGGCUCGGCUGGAACAGGCCCUGUGUCAGGCUGAGGAGUUUCAUUCUACAGUUCACAUCCUGCUGGAAUGGCUGGCUGAGGCUGAGCAAAGUUUGCGUUUCCAUGGCAGCCUGCCUGAUGAUGAGGAGGCACUGCGGGCACUUAUUGAACAACACAAGGAGUUCAUGAAGAAACUGGAGGAAAAACGAGUGGCUCUGAGCAAAUCCAUCAGUAUGGGGGAGGCUAUUUUGACCAUCUGCCACCCAGACUCUAUCACAACCAUCAAACACUGGAACACCAUCAUUAAAGCCCGCUUUGAAGAGGUGCAGGCCUGGGCCCGGCAGCACCAGCAGCGUCUGACCACAGCCCUCAGUGAGAUGUUGACCACUCAGGAGCUGCUGGAGAAUCUGCUGACCUGGCUACAGUGGGCUGAGAGCAACCUCAAUGAUAAGGACAAGGAGGUGCUGCCGCAGGAGAUAGAAGAGAUCAAAAGUCUCAUAGCCGAACAUCAGGCUUUCAUGGAGGAAAUGACCAGGAAGCAACCAGAUGUUGACAAAAUCACUAAGACGCACAAACGGAAAACUGCUGUGGAACCCCAAAACCAAUCUCAGAUCCCAGUCCUUGACAAAGGAAGAACUGGAAGAAAACGUUCUCCCACACAAACAAUGUAUGCGUCAGCAACACAAGCUCCCAUUGAAACUAAGGACCCCCGGGUCAACCUGCUGGUCACUAAGUGGCAGCACGUUUGGCUGCUGGCUCUGGACAGGAGGAGGAAACUCAAUGAUGCCUUAGACAGACUGGAGGAGCUUAAGGAAUUUGCAAACUUUGACUUUGACGUGUGGCGGAAGCGCUACAUGCGCUGGAUGAACCAUAAGAAGUCUCGUGUCAUGGACUUCUUCCGUCGCAUUGACAAAGAUCAAGACGGCAAAGUGACCCGACAGGAGUUCAUAGAGGGCAUCCUCUCCUCCAAAUUUCCCACCAGUCGUCUGGAGAUGAGCGCUGUGGCAGACAUUUUUGACAGAGACGGCGACGGAUACAUUGACUACUACGAGUUUGUAGCCGCUCUUCAUCCCAACAAAGAGGCCUACAAACCACUGACUGAUGCAGACAAAAUCGAAGAUGAGGUGACGCGUCAAGUGGCCAAAUGCAAAUGUCCAAAGCGGUUCCAAGUGGAGCAAAUUGGUGCCAACAAAUACCGGUUCUACCUUGGAAACCAGUUUGGUCUGGUUCACUGCUUACAUGACUCCUUAAUCGGCGAUGAGACAAUAGCAAACAGGGAAAAUCAAAAUCUUACCCCCCACCUACACGUUGCAGUGUUGGAAAGCUGUAUUCUGUUCGGAGACUCUCAGCAGCUUCGCCUGGUGCGUAUUUUACGCAGCACGGUGAUGGUGCGGGUUGGCGGAGGCUGGAUGGCUCUGGAUGAGUUCCUGGUCAAGAACGACCCCUGUCGAGUUCAUCACCACGGGAGCAAAAUGUUGCGCUCGGAAUCAAACUCUUCCAUAACUCAGUCUCCUAUAGGUUGGCAAAUCUCUCACUUUCUCACCUUGCUCCAUGAACCCACCUGUGCGAAAGGCAGAACCAACCUGGAGCUGCGAGAGAAGUUCAUCCUCCCAGAAGGCACCACCCAGGUGAUGGCGAGCUUCCGCUAUCGAGGCCGGCGAUCUCGGCCGUCAUCUAGAGGAGCUUCUCCAAACAGGUCCACCUCCAGUCAGAGCUGCCCUUGCCCAGCAAACCCAGCAGCGACCAGUACACCCAAGACUCCCCAACAAAUAACCCGCAAUUAUGAUAAGCCCUGGCUUACAAACAGCAAAACCUCCACUCCUCUUAAAUCAUCAGACUCCUUUGGGAGCCAAACUUCGUCCUCAGAGAUUACACCUGUCCAAGGCAGCAAAUUACGUCUUCCAGGUUAUUUGUCAGGUAAAGGAUUUCAAUCCAGCGAAGAGGGAACCUUGAUCAGUGCUGCCGUACUGAAAGCUCGAGCACAGACUCUAGGUGAGUCAAGAAAAAAUUCCAGCCGACCUGGAAGUAAAGCCGGAAGCAGAGGAAGCAGCCGCAGAGGCAGUGACGCCUCCGACUUUGACAUCUCGGACAUCCAGUCCGUGUGUUCGGACGUGUCCGAGACGGUCGGCGAGAGCAGCAGAGCGACUCCGCGCUCUGCUUCCCGCCAGCACGGAGGAAAACCCUCCAAGAUCCCCACUCCUCAAAGAAGAACCACUCCCACGAGCAAACUGGCCAAAGGAUCCAAGCGAUAGUCGGUGGCCUUGAAAACACAACCCUAAAAACCUAAAGGACACUGGAGAUAUCUAACUUAAGAGACUGCAAAUGUGUUGAGUGUUAUUUAAAUUGUUUGCGAAGAUGUAAGAUAUUCUGUCGAGAGGCAAUAUGGUUUUAAUUUUAUGUGAGAAUGGAUAGUGUUUUUUUUUUUUCAUGUAUUUUAUUUUUGUGAAAAAGAAAUGUCAAUUUGAUUUUGUUGUAUUUUAUUUUAUUGACGAUAAAAACCUGUAGAGGUUUGAAGAACACUAGAAAACCUGGGUAUGACUAUGUUGUACUGUUAACUUACAUUUCUACACACUAAUGAAGGACAACACGCAGGAUAGUGCUGAGAGUUACUGAAUAGACUGUAAUUAAUGUAUGCUGAUGUUUGGAGUAGAUGGUACAUUAUGGUACCAUUUCAGGCACUGCAAUUAACUAUUUAAGUGCUAUGAUAAUACUGCCAACAUGCAUUUAAAGGGCAAUGCAAUAUACUACAAAGAAAACCCCUGUAAGCACUGCAGAAACCUUUGAAAAACACUAUUUAAAACAAGUAGCAGAAACCUCGUAAUCAUGAAGCUUUCAAGUCCUGUUUGUUUGUUUGUUUGUCAGUCAGCAGCUGCUCUCCUCGUUUCGUUUGAUCACUGCGCAGCAGCGUGUGCAAUGGCCUCGACGAGGUGCCACUUCACGUAGACGUUGUCGUGCACAUCUAUGUCAAUGUGUGUUUAAUUUCGGUAGAGCUGAAAUUGUUACUGUAACAUUACUUUGUAAUAAACCUGCUUGCAGAAAGCCACCAGGGAACUGGUGUGAACCACGCAA